UUAUGCAUUGUGCUGACGGGUGCGGCGUCCUGGCGCUCUGGGAGCGUCUGUCAGUAGCUGUCAUUUUCUUCCAUCCAUUCUUUAAAAAAAUGCCGGUAUGGAGUAGCAUGUGGUCGCAACCCUGAGCAAUUUUAUAUAAUGGAUUGACGCUGAAAAUGUUUCUUGUAGAGAAAGCAAUGCUCAUCGUUUGAAUAGGAACGGUUUAUCUUCCCAUUUCUCGAUGUGGUUUCUGAAUUUUCAUUCUGAGAUAAUCACGGAAGUGUCUGAGAAUGGAAGACGAUGCAGAUUCCGACUUGGAUGAAGUUGCUCAGCAGAAUGGAGUGGGAUUCAAAGUGUACAGGAGAAGAUGGUUCAUCUUGUUCGUGCUAUGUCUGUUAAACUGCUCCAAUGCAUCGCUAUGGCUGACCUUUGCCCCAGUAGCAGAUCAGACGGCCCGGUACCUGGGGGUCUCCCUGGACCAAGUCAACUGGCUGUCGCUUGUCUACAUGGUGGUGGCCGUUCCCCUUGGCUUCAUCACCACGUGGGUGCUUGACACGUGGGGGCUGCGGGUCUCGCUGAUCCUGGGCUCCUGGCUGAACAUGGUGGGCAGUCUUCUCCGCUACCUCAGUACCCUGAAGUGCCUGCCGGCCGUGCUGUGGGGCUUCCCCCUGCUGAUGUGCGGCCAGACCCUGUGCGCCGCGGCCCAGCCGCUGGUCAUCUUCUCUCCCACCAAGCUGGCUGCGCUCUGGUUCCCCGAGCACCAGAGGGCCACCGCCAACAUGAUAGCCUCCAUGUCAAACCCCCUGGGUCUUCUGUUUGCCAAUAUAUUCUCCCCCAUGAUUGCUGGGAGUGCUGGCAACCUUCCCUUACUGCUGGGAAUUUAUGUUAUACCAGCAUCUAUCGUCUGUUUCCUAGCAACACUGGGUAUCCGCGGGGGUGUACCCCCAUCGCCUCCAUCAGCCAGUGCCGAGACUUCCAGUUCAGAGCCUUUCUUGCAGGGAAUUAAACAGUUACUUAGGAACAAGCAGUACAUGAUUCUUCUGCUAUUUUUCGGGACUGGGAUCGGCGUCUUCACUUGCUUCUCAUCCCUGUUGGAGCAGAUCCUCUGUGUCAGAGGAUAUACGAACGACUUUUCCGGGCUUUGCGGGGCUCUCUUCAUCGUGUUUGGCAUCGUGGGGGCAGCCUUUCUCGGGCUUUUCGUCGAUCGGACGAAGAAGUUCAUGGAAGCCGCCAAGAUCAACAUGAGCCUGUCGGCGCUGGCCUGCGCCGCCUUGGCGGUGGUGUCUCAGAUGCGGAACCAGAAAGCCAUGGUGGCAGCCACCUGCUCGCUCUUUGGGUUUUUUGGAUUCUCUGUGUUACCGGUCGUGAUGGAACUGUCGGUGGAAUGUUCCUAUCCUGUUGGAGAGGCGUCCUCCGCUGGCCUGAUCUUCAUAUCUGGACAGGUCCAGUCAAUUUUAUACAUCGUGGUGCUUCAGGCGUUGACCCAGAAGUUGGCCGAUUCUCCAUUUUCUGUGUGUGCUCUGGGGGAGGAUGCUGCUUUGAGUUGGAGAGUGCCGGUGCUGGUGAUGGCUGGGUUGUGCUGCAUGGCCUCUUGCUUCUUCGUCAUCUUAUUCCACACGAACUACAGGAGGCUCCAAGCCGAGAAGACGGCCGCUGAGAAAGCUGGAGAGGAGGAGGACACUCCGGGGAACGCACAAGGUGCCAUGGUGGAAAAUGAGGACUGAUUGAGGGGAAUCCCCUCCCCCCCAAGAAAAGCAUGCUUUAAUGUUACUGAGCUUUAAUCUGUGGUAGACAAUGGUGCCAUUAGACUGCAAUAACGCUGCUUGGUUUAAUCUGGAUGUGUUGCGUAUUGAUACACUUACUUCAGGAACAUUGAGUGAAACGUUGACAGUUCAUAGCAACUUUUAUUGCUGACCUCAGAGUUCCUGGGCUACAUUCUAAGAUGGAUGGAUGGAUGGAUGGACAGAUGGACGGGUGGAUGGAUGGACGGGUGGAUGGAUGGAUGGAUGGAUGGAUGGAUGGACGGACGGACGGACGGACGGACGGACGGACGGGUGGAUGGAUGGAUGGAUGGAUGGACGGACAGAUCAAUGGAUGGGUUCAAACACAAGAAGAAGCCGUUGAGGAUGUUUUGAAUGACUGAUGUAUAUUUCAAAAGCUGAGAUAGAAAUUUGAUACUUGUUAAACAAUGAGCACAACCAGUCUUCUCAUGCUUGAAGCAAACAAGCUGUACCGAAGUCUUCCAGAGAGGAAGAAGUUUGUAAUUGGAAACGAUGAUGGAGCGCUGUGUUUUCCUUUGAAUUCUUACCGAACCCCGGAUUAUGCGUUUUGGCUAAAAGGGAAGGUGUACAUUGAGUGUCCAGAAUGUUUGCCGAUCAGCAUUCAUUGAUGCACAUGUAGGGCCGAGAGUAUUUGGUAUGUUAUCUGGGAUUUAUGCACUUUAUGCAAAUUGUGAUACUGGGACAUUUGUGUCAGUUUUUAACUUUAUUAAUUAUUUAAUUAUGUGACAAACUGUAAAGCAUUAGGUACUUAGCAUAUGGAUAGUUUGGUGUUAUACUGGAAUGCUCAGGUUUUCUAUAUGAUCUGCAUAUUAAUCGGUAUGCGGAGUCCAUGCUUCAGGUUUGGAGCGGGUAUCUUAAGGUACAGUUUGAGCAAAUAUAGACAAACCCAUGUGUUUGAUUUUGUAACAAGCAGUUCUAGCACCAGCGCAAAUGCACCCUUGGUGCUGAUCACUGUAGGUACUAAAAUGAAGCUGAUUUUCAAAGAAACAAGUGGACAUUUCAAUGUAACAAGUUUGUUAUUACUGCUAAUCACCGUUUAACCAAAAUUACAUUCUUCAAAUGGGUAUCAGAGAUGAAUGGUGCUCAGAUUUGCAAAAUGGUUUUUACAUUCCAUGUAUUAAAAUUGUAUGCCUAAAGUGGCACUUUUAGUAAUCUGUAAUUGCUCUGAAACCGCUGCUGGUUCUUCAGCAAGCAGCCACCAACUAAUUUUAAAGUUAUGGCAAAUGUAUUAUAUUUUUCCACAUCAUUUCAUCUGACGUACUAUGCUUCCAAAUCUGUAGUAGCCUUUUGGGAAACUGAAGUAUAUGUUUGUUACCAUGAUAACCAUGUAAGAAUGACCUUACUUAUAAAAAAAAAAUAAACUUUAUAUAAGUAAAUGUUAUUAACAGCGAGAUAAACUGUGAUGUUUUAAUUUAUAAUCAAUCUCCGAUCAGUCCAUAAUUGCAUACUUAUUUCCAGGAUAAUGCCAUAUAGGUUUAUCAGGCUCGAUAUCUUGAAUAAGGUCCUUGCUGGGGAACCACUGGACGGAGCUUUAGAAUAUACAUAUAUAUAUAAUCUCGAAGCUGUUUUCUUUUAGCUCAGCAGAAGUGAAACUUACAUAUGCUGUCAUCGCAUAGCUAGAAACAGGUUUCUGGAUGACAGUUAAGAGAGAUGUGCAGGGAAUGUGGAGUUAAAGCCAGUUUCUCCAUGAUAACAGUAAAGAGAGAUGUGCAGGGAAUGCAGAAUUAAAACCAGUCUCUUCAUGAUGACGGUAAAGAGAGAAGUGCAGGGGAUGUGGAGUUAAAGCCAGUCUCUUCAUGAUAACUGCAAAGAGAGAUGUGCGGGGGAUGUGGAGUUAAAACCACCACUCUUUUUGGAAUUCAUAUAGAUACUGAGGGCCUGUCUAAAUGCCACUAACAGUGUCCAGUUAAUAUACCAGAGUAGCGCAUUCCAGCUAUGUCUGCUCUUAGCGUCAGUGAAACGCAGGAGUACCUACUGAAAUUCUGAAGCACAAAACUGUUCUUAGGGUGGAGCAGGCGAAGGCGCUGAUUCCAGCCACAGAAGGAGAAUCAUCUAGAUGCUCCACAG